UACGCAAUGGUCACACAGUCAGAGGGAACAGAAGCAAUUGCUGCAGAAUUAUCAUUGUAUUUUGUGUGGUGAAAGGAAAGGCUUUGUGCGCUGACAUUGUGCGUCCACGGCAGAGAACUCGCUUUGAAGUAAGUGCCAGAUACCAUGUCCCAGGCCUUGAACAACCCAGGAGGCGGCGGCGCCGGAGGAGGAGGCGGUGGCCCCCAUCGGGACUACGGCGCCAUGGCGGAUUCCACGCCCGAAGUGAGUUUCGCUGCAGCCGGCGGUUCCUCCGGUUUUAGUCCCACGGAAUUCAUGUCCCUCAGCGAGGAUAUCGGGCACAAUAUCACCGCCAUUCACAGCAGCACAAAGCAGCUGGAGAAGCAGUUGAAAUUGAUAGGAACCCCCAAGGAUUUGCCCAAUCUGCGCGAGAAGGUGCACUCGAUCAAUACCAAGUGCAAUGCCCGGGUGCAGACCACCACGCAGGAUUUGCAGAGGCUACAGGCGGUGGUGCGGCACGGGGAUCGCCAGCAGAAGCUGCAGCUGGAGAAGCUCACAAGGGAGUUCCACGGCGUCGUCGAGAACUACUCCAAUCUGCAGCGACGCAUCUCGUCGGCCAUGCGACAGACCCUCCAGCAGGCCCAGCAUUUUGCGGAUCAGGACGCGGAGGCCAAUGCCCGGGCGGAGCUGCUGCAGCAACAGCGCUUGGAGCAGGCCCAUCUGCAGCAGGAGCACGACAUGCUGGACGAGCGGAGGCGCCAGGUGGAGCAGAUCGAGUCGGACAUCAUCGAUGUCAACCAGAUCAUGAACAAGCUGAGUGGCCUGGUGCACGAUCAGGGCCAGCAGAUGGAUUUCAUCGAGAACAGUAUUGAGCAGACGGCCGCCAACGUGGAGGAUGGCACCUCGCAGCUGGCCAAGGCGGCCAGGAGUCGCCAGAGCUACCGGCGCAAGAUCUUGAUACUCCUGGUGAUCGCUGUGAUAAUAGGUUUAAUCGUAACUGGCGUUAUCGUUGCCAAACUGAACAGUUAAUUGUUUUAUUUGUACACCCACAUUCAACACACACACGCAAGCAUACACACACACACACGCAUAGGUUUUUGUAAAACGAUUUUUAUAAGAAACAAAAUAUUCGAUCGUUGAGAACUCUGUUUAAUCACCAAGUGAGCAAAGACAACAAGAAUGUAGAGGAAAAGCUAAAAAAAAAUAAUAAACAAAUACCAUAUUUAUAAAUAUAUAUUAUAUACAUACGUAAAUAAGGAUACUGCAUCCCACUUAACUUGCAUAUAAACAAUAUACAGCGCUUUUAAAUGUUAAUGAUUUCCUGUUAAAAACCGAUAAUCGCGAACAAUUUAAGUUUUGCAUUGAAAUUUGUAACAUUUUUGUGUUUAGUUUAAAGCAAGCGAGCAAGAGGGAUUGCUGAAGCAGAAAAUGAUUCAGGGAUCCCUUCAAUAUAUGUUGAAUAAUUCAAGUUACAAAUAAGUGAGCCAGCAAUCUAAAAUAAAAAUAAAACGAACAAACAAA